GUCUUCCCUUCCCUCCCUCCUUGUAAUCACCAGCCUUUGCAUAACACCUCCUGCAGCAGAGAGGUGCUCGUCAGACCAGUUUUUAGUCAGUGUUUGUCCUCACAGGCAGAGGUUGAAACUCAAGAAACUGGAUUUGGUUUGGACAAAAGUGUCACAGACGCCUCGUUUUGUGUGACGAAUGUUCAAAGAGAAAUGUGGUGACUGAUUUUAACACAUCUCGCAGGAGGCUUCACAGGACUGCACUGCAAGAUAAGACAGCUCAGCACAGCUGUGAAUCAUCAGCAUCUGGACCAUGUUCUCCUCUGCUGCCCCAUACAAAAACCAGCACUACGCUGAUCUGAGGAGGAACUGCAUCCAGGACAAGAAGCUGUUUGAGGAUCCAGAAUUUCCAGCCACCAACGCGUCGCUGUAUUUUCAGAGAUCACCUCCAGGGACUGUGGAGUGGAAACGACCCGGGGAGAUAAGCAAUGAGCCCCAUCUGUUUGUGGAGGGCAUCAGUUCCCAUGACCUGAACCAGGGAGUUGUGGGGAACUGCUGGUUUGUUGCUGCCUGCUCUUGUCUGGCUUUGAAGCCAAACCUUUGGAAGAAGGUCAUUCCUGACUGGAAGGAGCAGGAGUGGGAUCCCAAACACCCGGAGGACUAUGCAGGAAUCUUCCACUUUCAGUUCUGGGUGUUUGGAGAGUGGAUAGAUGUGGUGGUGGACGACCGGCUGCCUACAAUUAACGGAGAGCUCAUCUACUGUCACUCAAAAAACACCAAUGAAUUUUGGAGCGCCCUGCUGGAGAAGGCCUACGCCAAGCUCUCCGGCUGCUAUGAGUCGCUGGAGGGGGGAAACACUGGAGAUGCUGUGGUGGAUUUCAGUGGAGCUGUGGCUGAAGCCAUCAACCUGGAGGCUGGUGCCUACUAUAAAGACCAGAAAAAACAAGACCAGCUGUUUGAAGACCUACUAAAGGUGUAUGACCGUGGAGGAAUUAUAAGCUGCUCCAUUAAGGCGCAGCCUCAUGAAAUUGAGAACAGGAUGGCAAACGGGCUGGUGAAAGGCCAUGCGUACUCAGUGACUGCAGUGAAGAAGGUGCGCUUGGGCCACGGGCUGCUGGCCUACUUCAAGAACGAAACCAUCCCUCUGAUCCGCAUGAGGAACCCCUGGGGCAAGAUUGAGUGGAAAGGAGCGUGGAGUGACAGCUCUGAGGAAUGGUCAAAGGUUGGUGACAUGGAGAGGGGCAACCUUGGCAUCACAGUGGAGGAUGAUGGAGAGUUCUGGAUGUCAUUCACAGACUGGUGCAAGUGCUUCACAGAUGCAGACAUUUGCCGUCUAAUCAAUACUUCGCUCAUCAGUAUCCACAAGACAUGGAAUGAGGUUGUGCACUUCGGGAGCUGGACCAAAAAUGCAGAGCCGCUGUUAAACCGGUGUGGAGGCUGUGCUAACCACAAGCAGACGUUCCUGCAGAACCCACAGUAUUUGUUUGAUGUUACGAAGGAGGUCGAUGAAGUUUUGAUCUCCCUGCAGCAGAGAGACAUGAAGAUCCACAGAAAAGUUGGCCAAGGAGAAAAUCUAACCAUUGGGUUCGGUGUCUUUAAGGUGGAGCUGAACAGGAAGUAUCGGAUGCAUGACUUCCUCACACAACAUUGUGUGGAGACGUCCACCUACAUCAACGCUCGCACAGUGUUUAUGAGAAGCAUGCUGCCGCAGGGCCGCUACGUCAUCAUCCCCACCACCUUCAGGCCUCAGACGCUGGGCGAUUACAUGAUCCGGGUUUUCACUGACGUGGACUCAGGGUGCAGGGAGCUGACAGAGGAUAAGCCGAAAGUGAAAUGCUGGAGUUCAUUUCUGGGAUACCCACAAGUUGUGACUCACAUCUACGUCCACGGAGCUGAGGGGCUGCAGAACCAGGACAGCACAGGAGGUGCAGACCCCUACGUGAUUAUAUACUGCGAAGGCCGGUCAGUGAAAUCCAUCAUCAAGACGGACACCUUGCAACCAGAAUUUACAACCAGCGCCAUUUUCUAUAGGAAGAAACCCAGAAAGCCCAUAACUGUUGAGGUGUGGAACAGUAACGCAGUGAAGGACGAGUUCAUGGGCCAAGUGGUGCUGUCCGGGUUGGUGAAGGACACCACUGAUCCUCAGAGGCUUCAGCUGAGGAAGCGAGGUCGGCAGAUGGCUGACGAGAUGCCGGGGAGCAUCGGCGUGAGGAUCAUCACUGCGACUCAGCUGACGGCCAUGUGACCUCGCCGGUGACCCGAGAGACAGCUGAAUCAUUUUCAGUGCUGAGCUGUGUGGUGUGAACUUGACACGUGCCAUCAUCAAAGCACUAAAACCAACAGCAGUAUGACCUGUUUUCAGGGCACUAUUGGAUAGACUGAAUGUCACUUCCUGUUUGUUACUUUUAAUCAAAUGUUUCAUCUUCUCUCUUAUUACUUUUUUUAAAUUACUUUUGUAUAACUUAUGAAACAUUUUUAUAUUGACGAUUUUGCAAUUUGCUUGUGAAGAUAUCUUUUUUUUUUACACUUCAAAUAUUUGUGAGAAAUAUGGCAAUGCUUUGUCAUUCAAGUCUUAAAUACAAUUAUAUUUAUGGCCUAUAUAAUCAUCAUUAUGCAGAGAACUCACUGUAUGCCCAACUCAUAAUUCAUGUAUCAUCUGUCUCUUUAAUGCAUGUUCCAUCAGUUCAUAGCAUCAUGUUUUGUUCUCACGAUUAUUAACAAAAUGCAAAACCAUGAAUGACAUAACAAAUUAAAAUAAAUCCAACCUAAGAAUCAUGAUAACCAACAAGCAUCGUCACAACUCUGGUUUUCUUCCUCUUUUUAUUUCAGUCCAGUUCCCAAACUGCAAUAUUUUGUUUGUUUUUUUUUACACUCAAGACACAGCCAUGCACAAUUCAAAGUUCAAAAAGUCUAUUGCUUCAACCACAAUUAAAAAUAGUUUAUCCAAAACCUCAUUUCCCCUUCAAUCGUUUGUCCUUUUUCAAAGAUGGGGAAAGGCCUGCUGAGGUAUGCCAGAUGGAUCAGCAGUUUUACAAAGCUAGACAAUAAUAAGAGUAAUAAUAAUAAUAAUAAUGAUAAUAAUUUAAAAAGUAACAUUUUUUGUCUUUGUUCCAUUCUCUUGAUACACAUUAAUAGAGGAAUUUUCACACCACGUGUACAGGUUUACACAUUCAGAAGAUAGGAAUGUACAGGCGCAACCACAGAAAAGGGGCACGUCAGCGGUGUCUCUUGUCCCGAAAUUCACCUUUGUGCUCAUAGUUCAGACCUGUACAUGGGGCAGAGGCCAAACGUCCCAGGGCCGGCGAAGCUUCCUUGACAGGCCACCCACACCUACCGCACACACACAUACAUGUACUAACACUCAGCAGUGGACAGACUGUGUGGGCCCGCACACAGAGUGCUGCAUUCAUCGGCUCUCUGUCCAGAUGAAGGAGUGUCCGAUAAAGCCCAAACAGGAGAGCUGGAUCCAGGAGUGCAGAGACGGCGUGUGUGUUUGUUUUUCUCUUUUUGAUUUCCAGGGUGCAAAACAUUUAUUGAUACAUACCAUAGAGCAACCUGAAUAUUGUCAUUUUAAGUUACAUAAUUCUGAAAAAAGGGGGGGUUUUCCCGUCAUAUUUACAUACAUACAUACAUAUCCUAACAAUCUUAACCUAUUUGAAGAUGAGAUACAGUGUAUAGUUUGUUUUACAUGCAUGAAUUCUGUUGCAUCCUCCUGUCUAACAUCACUCCUUCAUCUUCUGUACAUUUGCUGUACAAUGGAGGUACAAUGUGACUAAGCAGCUACCCUGCACCUCAAAGUCAAGGUGGACAACACGAGUGAGGCAUCUUCUAGUGCAGAUUGAGGUAGCCCCCUAACAACACGCAGACACACACACUCACGCACAGAGGGAUGCUACAUGGGAAAUGCCUGACGAAGCUACCAAAUAACGACACAAAGUAGAUAACCUCUGUACAGGAACGAGUUUAAACGCUAAACCAGGUAUGGAAGGAAAUGUUAGGAAACGAUAUGAACCUCUACCACAGUUUCUGUUUUCAGUGCUCAAGGUACAAUCAUGAAAUGGCACUCACUACUUCGCUCAGUGGAUAACAUUCCCCCUCUCUAAUCUGUCCAAAAAACUCACCACAAACAUAUAGAUCACAUGAGAAAAGUCACAUAAGACACCAUUAAAAGACAAAAGGACACUGAAGCAUGAAUGAGGAGCACUGAAAUACCAAAGGAGAAGAGGAGGGAGGGGUGCAGGUGGGUGAGGAGGAUGGUUGGUGCCCAGUGCCUUAUUAGACAUGAAUGUUGUUGAAUAUUUAGCUUGUUCAGCUGGAAAGGGAAAGAUAAGGCCAGGAUUUUGCUGGCACAGUCACAGUCAUGUCAUGUAUUCUGCAGUCUAAGAUCACAAGAUUUACUAAUACCCCAUGCUCCUGCAAAAUAGAGGAAUCAUUUCCCACACUGGAGAACAACUGAAACAACCACCUUCAUCUACAUUUUACAUUUCUGCCCAUACAUAUCUCUCAUAACCUUCGACAAGGUUAUUUAAACAGUCAACGGACAAAUGACAUGAACAUUUUUUUUUCUCCCUCAAUGUCUCGUUGCAGAUUGUUGUUUUGGAUUGACUAAAUUUAUGUUCAGUGUAUUAUAUGUUGGCAAAGAUUUUCUUGUUAUUUCCUGCUUAAGGUCUAAGGGCACAAGGAUGCUUAGGACACUCUGGGAAACUGUGAUAAAUGUGGCACUGGACGUCCAACUCACUGUAGGUAAAUAAUUACAUGACCUUCUGUUUGCCACUGUCAUAAAAAAAAAAGAGCUCAUUUGAAAAUCUGAAAUGUUGCAUUUUUAGGAUUACGCACUGUCCACUGUGUACCAGCCCCUUAAAAAGCGGACUAUCCAUCAACAUAUACAGAGAUCUAAAUGAUAUCAUAUAUCAUUUCUGUUGAGUCUCUGAUCUAGUAUUUGUCUUUUCUUCUAUUUCAUACAUAAUUGUCAGAUGAAAUUAAAAAAAAAGAAGGCCUGAACAUUAAUUAAGAUAGAUGUUGAACUGUCUGUUUAACUCUGAUUUAUUUACAACAUGGUACAACAUGAAAAGAAAACAGAAACCCACAAAUACUAGCAUGGAUAAUCCUAUUUGAGAUGCUUGUACACAAUGAAUGCCAUAGUGUACGUGGACAUGCGCUUUUAAAGGAUCUGUCUAAUUAGCAGAUAAAAUGCUUGCAUUGGUAAUGAAACUGAGUGUUAAUGUGCACUAUUAUAGUUAUUCUAAAAAUUUCUGCCACAUAGACUAUGCAGAAUUUACAGUGUCAAACGUUGAUUUAAAUAUGUGACAGGUCAUCUGCAUGUCAGUGUCACUACAUCACUAAAAUGACAACUGAAUAUGUAACACUUUCCUCCUGAAAAUGAUGAAAAAUUAUGUACAGUAUAUACUUAUUAUUUUCUAUUUGCAGGUGUGAUCUGCGGCUGUGUCACAUUAUAGAUGGAUGCUGUUCUACAGUUUUGGUUGAAUUCAACAUUUUAUGUGGGGAAACUCAGUUUUUUCAGUAUUUGAAACAGUCAGAGCAUUAAACCUGAUAGCAUGUAGCCAGUUUUGGAAAGAGCGGAAAUCAGUAAAUGAACUGCAGGUAACCUUCAUGAACUCCAGUGAUUUCUAUGACAGAGACUGUCUGAACUACGUUGGCUCAAAUGAAAUAGAGACCCGUAUCUCUUCACUGACAUGAAGAAGAUUACUGAAGGAUGUUUAAAGCUGAUGUAGGUCAUGUGAAAUUAUUCCUGACUUUUUUUUCCCCUGUAGCUGC